AUGGCCAUGAACCUGCCUCCCCUGGCAGGCAGUGGCGGGGCUCACACGCAACCUUCGCUGCCAGCACUCCCAGCACAUCUCCAGUCCGAUACGCAUUUGACGGCACACCUCGCGAGCCGCUUCCACCUGUCGCUGCCGACUGCUCAAUUGUCCUCCCAUGCCUUGAUCUCUCUCAACACAUACACCUCUUCCUCUAAGGGCCCCGACGGCGGCAAGGAGGGGAGUGCCAUGGCUGGCGCCGAGGAGAUGGCUGAACGCGCCUGGCUCAGGCUGGGCCACCGUUCCGAAAACCAGGCUGUUGUCUUCCUUGGCGAGUCUGGCUCAGGAAAGUCUACGCUUCGCUCCCACCUCCUUGCUUCGCUGCUCAACAAAUCCUCGACUCCUCUCUCCACCAAGGUGUCACUGGCCGCCUACGUCUUCGACACCCUGACCACAACCAAAACGGCGACGACGCCGACCGCCUCCAAGGCUGGCCUCUUCUACGAGCUCCAGUACGAUACCGCCUCGACCACGAACCCUGUCCUGAUCGGCGGUAAGCUUCUAGAUCAUCGACUGGAGAGGUCUCGGAUUGCGGACGUUCCAACGGGCGAGCGAAACUUUCAUGUUCUUUACUAUCUCCUUGCCGGCACCAGCCCGGCUGAAAAGACUCACUUGGGCCUGGAGGAUUCCAGCGUGCAGCAGAGGCGAUGGAAGUAUCUGGGUCAUCCGACCCAGCUCAAGGUCGGCAUCAAUGAUGCCGAGGGCUUCCAGGUUUUCAAGAACGCACUCAAGAAGCUUGAGUUUCCCCGUAGCGAGAUUGCCGAGAUCUGCCAGAUCCUCGCUAGCGUUCUUCACAUUGGUCAGCUAGAGUUUGAGUCAUCCGCCAACACUCAGGUAACCGGCGACGACAGCGGUGGUUUCUCCCACGAGGGUGCUACAGUCGUCACAGCAGCCAAGAACAAAGAUGUCCUGGCUAUCAUCGCCGCCUUCCUUGGCGUCAACGCCCAAGAUCUGCAGAACACCCUUUCCUACAAGACGAAGAUGAUUCACAAGGAGCGUGUCACCGUCAUGCUGGACCCGAACGGCGCUCGCUCCCACGCGAACGAGCUUGCCCGGACCAUUUAUUCUCUGCUCGUGACCUACAUCAUUGAGAGCAUCAAUCAACGUCUGUGCGCUGCCGACGAUGCCGUGGCCAACACCGUUUCCAUCAUUGAUUUCCCUGGCUUCGAACAGCAAGCCUCCACCAAGUCGGCCCUCGACCAGCUGCUCAACAACUCCGCUACCGAGGCCCUGUACAACCUUACCCUCCAGAACUUCUUCGAUCGCAAAGCUGAUAUGCUGGAGAACGAAGAGGUUAGCGUUGCUGCGACCAGUUACUUCGACAACUCUGAUGCCGUCCGCGGACUCUUGAAGCCUGGGAACGGUCUCCUCAGCAUCUUGGAUGACCAGAGUCGCCGUCACCGUACUGACAUCCAGUUCCUUGAAAGCAUGCGAAAGCGUUUCGAGGGGAAGAACCCUGCCAUCACGGCCGGGUCGUCGACUGCCAAGCUUCCCGGCAGUAACUUCCUCACAGAAAACUCGGCCCCCAUCUUCACGGUGAAGCACUUUGCUGGCGAGGUCGAUUAUCAGGUCAAGGGCCUGAUCGAGGAGAAUGGCGAGGUCAUCUCGGGCGAUCUGCUCAACAUGAUCAACUCGACAAAGAGUGAAUUCGUUGCCCGCCUGUUUGGUCAGGACGCUCUCCAGACCGUCACUCACCCCAAGGAGCGUUCGACUGUCAUGCAGGCGACCAUUAGCUCGAAGCCCAUGAGGACACCAAGUGUCAUGUCGAGAAAGACGGCCCGCACGGCCCGCAACCAGCGUGUUCUGCAGCAGAAGGCUGCCGAAGAGGAGCUCGAGAAACUCAGCGAGAACAACUCGCAGGCCGGCGGAGCAGCUAAGGCCGCGGCGUCUGAGCAAGGUGCCUCUGGGCAGUUCCUUGCAGCUCUCGAUAACGUCACGAAGGCUGUGGCCGACCCAAGCACGAACUCAUACUUUGUGUUCUGCCUCAAGCCCAAUGACCGCCGCAUCGCAAGCCAGUUCGACAGUAAAUGCGUUAGGACGCAGGUGCAAACCUUCGGCAUCGCCGAAAUCAGCCAGAGGCUGCGGUCCGCCGACUUUAGUCUUUUCCUUCCAUUCGGAGAGUUUUUGGGUCUCGCGGACGCCGAAACGAUCCUCAUGGGAAGUGAGAGAGAGAGGGUUGAAAUGGUCGUCGAGGACAAGCGCUGGCCCAGCAACGAAGUCCGCAUCGGCUCCACUGGCGUGUUCGUCAGUGAGCGCUGCUGGAUGGAGAUUGCCCAUCUCUCUGAAGCCUCCUCGGCACAUGGCAGGUUUGGCCUGCCGUCGGACGGAGGCGACGGCCUCACACCCCACGGCGCCUCGCCCGCCGACCCGUUUGCUGCCUCAAAGGAGCGUUUGCUGUCUACAGGCAACACGCCACUCAUGUACGGCGAAAAGGGCAAGAACGGCUACUUUGGUGCGAACGAUGGAUCUGACUCCCGCUCGGAAGCUGGUGUCUCGGCCUUCGGCGGCGGAGACAUGUUCAAGAACUUUGACACUCGAGAGCAGAUGGCCGAGCGUGGCAACGAGAAGAGCCUCGUCGAGGUCGAAGAAUACAGGGACAGCGCCAGCCGCAAGCGCUGGCUCUUCAUGGUCUAUCUCCUGACUUGGUUCAUUCCCGACUUCCUGAUCCGCUUCAUCGGCCGCAUGCCUCGCAAGGACGUCCGCAUGGCCUGGCGAGAGAAGCUGGCGAUCAACCUGAUCAUUUGGCUGUCUUGUCUCCUAGCUGCCUUUUUCAUCGUUGUGUUCCCCAUGCUCAUCUGUCCUCGUCAGCAUGUCUACAGCGCCGCCGAACUCUCGGCAUACGACGGGAGCAGUGGGAGCCCCGGUGCCUAUGUCUCGAUCCGCGGUUACGUUUUCGACCUGGAGAAGUUCGCACCCCGUCAUUACCCCCCCAACCUCGUGUCCACAGAGGAUAUCCUCGAGUACGCCGGCAAGGAUGCCACCUCUCUUUUCCCCGUCCAAGUCAGCGCCUUGUGCCAGGGUCGUGCUGGGUCUAUUGAUCCCGCCGUUUUGAUCGACUACAGGUCUACCAAUGUGACUGGCUCGCCCACUUUGAUCAGCCAGCAAGACAUCAACGCCAACUUCCACGACUUCCGCUACUUUACCAACGACACGCGGAAGGAUUGGUACUUCCAACAGAUGGCGAUGCUUAGGGCAAACUACCUCAAGGGUCGUAUUGGAUACUCUCCAAAAUACAUGAAAACUCUGGCGCGCAACUCGAGGACGAUUGUCAGCAUGAACGGCCGUGUGUUCGAUUUGACAGAAUACGUGGUUGGAGGUCGCCGGACAGUAGGAGAAGACGGCAAGGACGUCAGUGGCGUUGCUAGAGACUCUGUUGACUUCAUGGAGGAGGAUGUCAUCAGACUUUUCCGACAACUUUCUGGUGCAGACGCUACCAGACACUGGGCCUCGCUCAACCUCAGCCAGCAAGCCAAGACCCGGAUGCUGACCUGUCUCAACAAUCUUUACUACGUAGGUGAUGUCGACACACGAAGCUCGGUUCGCUGCAAGUUUGCCGAAUACCUGGUCCUUGCUAUUUCCAUCAUGCUCGUCACGAUUAUCGCCUUCAAGUUCUUCGCCGCUCUGCAAUUCGGAACCAAGAACAUGCCCGAAAAUCUCGACAAGUUCAUCAUGUGUCAAAUUCCCGCCUACACUGAGGAUGAAGAUUCGUUGCGUCGUGCUAUCGACUCAGCCGCCAGGAUGCACUAUGAUGACAAACGCAAGCUCCUUGUCGUCAUCUGCGACGGCAUGAUUGUUGGCCAGGGCAACGACCGGUCCACUCCUCGCAUCGUACUCGACAUCCUCGGCGUCUCGGAGACUGUCGACCCUGAACCCCUAAGCUUCGAGUCACUAGGUGAAGGUCUCAAGCAGCACAACAUGGGCAAGGUCUACUCUGGUCUUUACGAGGUCCAGGGUCACAUUGUCCCGUUCCUGGUCGUUGUCAAGGUCGGCAAGCCCUCCGAGGUGUCUCGUCCCGGCAACCGUGGCAAGCGUGACUCGCAGAUGGUUAUCAUGCGCUUCCUCAACCGCGUCCACUACAACCUGGCCAUGAGCCCCCUCGAGCUUGAAAUGUAUCACCAAAUUCGCAACAUCAUUGGUGUCAACCCUACAUUCUACGAGUUCAUGUUCCAGAUCGAUGCCGACACGGUAGUUGCUCCCGAUUCCGCUACACGUAUGGUGUCCGCUUUCUUGGAUGACACGCGUCUGAUCGCUGUCUGCGGUGAGACCGCUCUCACCAACGCCAAGUCAUCUUUCAUCACCAUGAUCCAGGUUUACGAGUACUGGAUCUCGCACAACCUCACCAAGGCGUUCGAGAGUCUUUUUGGCAGUGUCACGUGUCUUCCCGGUUGUUUCUCCAUGUACCGCAUUCGCGCCGCUGAGACGGGCAAGCCUCUGUUCGUGAGCCGCGAAAUUGUCGAAGCCUACGCGACUAUUCGAGUUGACACUCUCCAUAUGAAGAACUUGCUUCAUCUGGGUGAGGAUCGUUACCUCACCACACUCCUCCUCAAAUUCCACAACAAGUAUAAGACGAAGUACAUCUUCCGCGCUCAUGCCUGGACCAUCGCUCCCGACUCUUGGGCUGUCUUCAUGUCACAGCGUCGUCGCUGGAUCAACUCUACCGUGCACAACCUCAUCGAGCUCAUUCCCAUGGCCCAGCUCUGCGGCUUCUGCUGCUUUUCUAUGCGCUUCAUCGUCUUCGUCGACUUGCUCAGCACAGUCUUGCAACCUGUAACUAUGGCCUACAUCGUCUACCUGAUUGUCAUGGUCAUCCGGUCACCGGACGUCGUGCCUGUCACAGCCUUCAUCUUGAUCGCUGCCGUCUUCGGUCUGCAGGCUAUCAUCUUCAUUUUGCGUCGCAAGUGGGAGAUGAUUGGAUGGAUGGUUCUGUACAUCCUUGCCAUCCCCGUCUUCAGUUUCGGCCUCCCUCUAUACUCGUUCUGGUACAUGGACGACUUCAACUGGGGUAACACUCGUGUUGUCGCUGGUGAAAAGGGCAAGAAGGUCAUCGUCACGGACGAGGGCAAAUUCGACCCGGCCUCGAUCCCCCGCAAGAAGUGGGAGGAGUACCAGGGCGAGAUCUGGGAGGCUCAGACCGUUCGCGACGACGCGCGUUCUGAGGUCUCCGGCUACAGCUACGCCACCAAGGGCCACCCCGGCGUUCAGGUUGGCGUCUCCGAGUACGGCGGCUACAGCAGGCCUGGGUCCAUUGCUGGCGGCUUCAGCGGCGCGCACGCCAUGCCGCCACUGCCCAUGAACACGUCGCGCAUGUCACUCGCGGCGUCGGAGAUGGGUGGCAACCGCGCCAGCCAGUUUGGUGGAUCACAGUACUUCUCGCCGGAGGACAUGGUUGGCCUGCCGAGCGACGACGCACUCCUGGCAGAGAUCCGUGAGAUUCUGCGCACGGCCGACCUCAUGACUGUCACCAAGAAGGGUAUCAAGCAGGAGUUGGAGCGUCGGUUCGGUGUGCCGCUUGACGCGAAGCGUGCCUACAUCAACAGUGCUACUGAGGCCCUCCUUUCCGGGCAGUUGUAG